GAUCCCAUUAAAGAGCUUAGGUGGCAGGAGGGUGAGGGGCAGCACCCAUCAGGGCAGGAUUAGGGGUCUUGUUACCCACCUGGGGUAAUUAGCUCCCUUUCCCCUGCAGGAGGAAGGUCCCCGCGCCAUGGGGUCCCCAGGUGCUGCGGGGGCAGUGGCAGGGGGACCCCAUGGCUCCUGGUGGGGGGGACCCCAUCCCCAGUGCCAAGCCAGCACACGGGGAACACAGCCCACAGACACAGGGGGAGGCCCAAACCCAUGCCCCAUCCCCACGCCAUCCCAGGGGGACACAGGGUGUCCCCGGCCCCUGCGGGCAGGGGGUGGCAUGCUGCCUGCCCCCUUACAUAAAGCCUUGUGCCCACCUCCCCAAGAUGCUCCAUCUUUUUCUUUUUUUUCCUGAGCCCUAAUCUUUGCCAUCUUGGGCUAAUUGGAUUUCCUGGGUCACAUGGUGAGAUAAAAAGUCCCCAAAUCCCACGGUCCAAAAAAAUCAGGUUAUCCAUGGGGAAUUAAGGGAGAGAGCGGGGGCCAGCCAGCCCGCGAGGACCCACCGAGCUCUGCCUGCUGCAGGGCUCCCCGACAUCAGGGCGGCGGGUAGCCAGCUCAGCCUUUAGGGGCUCCUCUUUUUCCCCCCAUCGUCCACCGCCCGCCCCCGGGGUGCGUGCGCCAUUCCCCACGGAGAGCUGGAAGAGCCCGGGGACCUAGAGGAGCUCAAGGAGUUCGAGGAGGAAGACGAGGCCAUGGGGAGCGGGGCCAGCGCGGAGGACAAGGAGAUGGCCAAGAGGUCCAAGGAGCUGGAGAAGAAGCUCCAGGAGGACGCAGAUAAGGAGGCCAAGACGGUCAAGUUGCUCUUGCUUGGGGCUGGAGAGUCAGGCAAGAGCACCAUCGUGAAGCAGAUGAAGAUCAUCCACCAGGAUGGCUACACACCCGAGGAGUGCAUGGAGUUCAAGGCCAUCAUCUACGGCAACAUCCUGCAGUCCAUCCUGGCCAUCAUCCGCGCCAUGUCCACGCUGGGCAUCGACUACGCCGAGUCGUCCCAUGCGGAUGAUGGCCGGCAGCUCUUCAACCUGGCCGACUCCAUCGAGGAGGGCACCAUGCCCCCCGAGCUGGUCGACUGCAUCAAGAAGCUGUGGAAGGAUGGGGGAGUCCAGGCUUGCUUCGAACGAGCCGCCGAGUACCAGCUCAACGACUCGGCCUCAUAUUACCUGAACCAGCUGGACAGGAUCACGGCCCCCGGCUACCUCCCCAACGAGCAGGACGUGCUGCGAUCCCGAGUGAAGACCACGGGCAUCAUCGAGACCAAGUUCUCUGUCAAAGACCUGAAUUUCAGGAUGUUCGACGUGGGAGGGCAGAGGUCGGAGCGCAAGAAGUGGAUCCACUGCUUCGAGGGGGUGACCUGCAUCAUCUUCUGUGGGGCGCUGAGCGCCUACGACAUGGUGCUGGUGGAGGACGACGAAGUGAACCGCAUGCACGAAUCCCUGCACCUAUUCAACAGUAUAUGCAACCACAAGUUCUUUGCCGCCACGUCCAUCAUCCUCUUCCUCAACAAGAAGGACCUUUUCGAGGAAAAGAUCAAGAAAGUCCAUCUCAGCAUUUGCUUCCCAGAUUACGACGGUCCCAACACAUUUGAAGAUGCAGGAAAUUACAUCAAGACCCAGUUCCUUGAUCUCAACAUGCGAAAGGACGUGAAGGAGAUCUACAGCCACAUGACCUGUGCCACAGACACGCAGAAUGUCAAAUUUGUCUUUGACGCCGUCACAGAUGUCAUCAUCAAAGAGAACCUCAAGGACUGUGGCCUCUUCUGAGCAUCUGUGUGGCAGAAGAAGAAAGGACUUCAAUCUCAUCGCCGUUCUGCUGAGCAGAGCCAAAAGGAUUGACCAAAACAUACAAGUUACCCAGACCCCACUUUUUCUAUGACCUGCCCAACCAAACCACCUUCGUUCAAGCCCAGAAUAGGAAGGGGCUGAAGCCGAACUUCCUCUUCCCUUUCGUGGCCAUUUCCUCUUUUUUUAUUUUCCAAAAGAAAGAAACCCCUGCUCCCUGCAGCGCGUGAAAGGCAGCCUUUAUAAAUGAGAUCUGGAGGGGUCUGACAGCAAAGAGCACGCGCUCCCCGCUACGCCAGCCAGAAAAAUUAACAUUAAGCCACCGUCCUUCCACCCUCCUCUCUCGGGGAGAGCCAGCAGCACCGCUCCCGCGGGAGGCAGGGACAAACCCUCCGCCCCUCUGCGGCUGGUUUCUUCCCUUUGACCAAAGCUGAAUUAAUCCACGCAGGAGUUUCUGGGGAAGGUGGAGGCUGGGUGACCCGCGAGUCACCCCUGGGAACCAACCUCAGUCCUUCGGCAGGAGAAAUUCGGGGGGGGUUUUGUGCCCUAAGGCUUUAGCUUCUCCCCAGAGCAGUGCUCGGGCUGAAGCUGAUGGCGGGCAGGGGCAUGUGCAUUAGAGGUAAUCACGGCUACAGGAGGGGAACGGGCAGGAUAAAGAGGAAAUGGUUACUUGAAACGGUUCUUUUCAUUCUGCUAUUUAGAGCUGUAUUUGCUCUUGUUUGUAAAUAAAUCUACGCUGGUACUGUAGCCAGGUCCUGCAUCCUCUCACCAUUUACUGCAGAGAUCACCUAUACAGCUUCAUUUCACUGUAGGAAAAAGAAAAUAAAGAAACAUGCAUGACACCGAUGCCUAUCAUUUCUCCGGC